CCUCCUGAAUGAUGCCAGCCCAGUGUUUCCUAACCUCCAGCCUGGCCCUCCUGGUGCUGCUGGACACAGUCAGAGCAGGCCCUUUCUCUCAACGGUACAACGUGACACUCCCUGCCCCGCGGCCGCCUCCCCAGCCAGGGGGCCGGACAGCAGAGCCAAGAGGGGGAAGCCCUUCCUCUCAGCUUUAUGAGCACAACGUGGAAGGAGGGGAAAAGCAGGUGGUGUUCACCCACCGCAUUAACCUGCCCCCUUCAGCUGGCUGUGGCUGUCCACCCGGCACUGAGCCUCCCAUCCCCGCUUCAGAGGUGCAGGCCCUGAGAGUCCGCCUGGAGAUCCUGGAGGAGCUGGUGAAGGGGCUCAAGGAACAGUGCACAGGGGGAUGUUGUCCUGCUGCUGCACAGGCUGGCACAGGCCAGACAGACGUUCGCAGCCUCUGCAGUCUCCAUGGCGUAUUUGACCUGGGUCGCUGUGCCUGUUCCUGCGAGCCAGGCUGGGGUGGGCCCACCUGCUCGGACCCCACAGACGCCAGGGUAACCCCCUCCUCCCCACCCUCAGCCUCUGGGUCCUGCCCUGAUGACUGCAACGAUCAGGGUCGCUGUGUCCGUGGUCGUUGCGUGUGCUUCCCUGGCUACAGCGGCCCCAGCUGUGGCUGGCCCUCCUGCCCCAAGGACUGCCACGGCCGCGGACGCUGCGUGCAGGGCGUGUGCGUGUGCCGGACGGGCUUCUCAGGCGAGGACUGCAGCCUGCGCUCCUGCCCUCGAGGCUGCAGUCAGAGGGGGCGCUGCGAGGACGGCCUCUGUGUGUGCGAUCCCGGCUACACUGGCGAGGACUGUGGGAAGAAGGGCUGCCCUCGAAGUUGCAGCCAGAGGGGGCGCUGCGAGAAUGGGCGCUGUGUGUGCAACCCUGGCUACACUGGCGAAGACUGUGCUGUGAGGAGCUGCCCUCGGGGCUGCAGCCAGAAGGGGCGCUGCGAGGACGGGCGCUGCGUCUGUGACCCUGGCUACACUGGGGAGGACUGCGGUGCACGGACCUGCCCGUGGGACUGUGGCGAGGGCGGGCGUUGCGUGGACGGUCGUUGCGUGUGCUGGCCAGGGUACACGGGCGACGACUGCAGCACGCGGACCUGUCCGCGCGACUGCCGGGGUCGCGGGCGCUGCGAGGAUGGCGAAUGCAUCUGCGAUGCAGGCUACAGUGGUGACGACUGCGGCGUACGCAGCUGCCCCCUCGACUGCAACCAAAGGGGCCGCUGCGAGGACGGCCGCUGCGUGUGCUGGCCCGGGUACACUGGGCCUGACUGCGGCGCGCGUGCCUGCCCGCGUGACUGUCGAGGCCGCGGGCGCUGCGAGAACGGCGUGUGCGUGUGCAACGCGGGCUACAGUGGCGAGGAUUGCGGCGUGCGCAGCUGUCCUGGGGACUGUCGCGGCCGCGGCCGUUGCGAGAAUGGCCGCUGCGUGUGUUGGCCUGGUUAUACAGGCCGGGACUGCAGCACGCGUGCCUGCCCUGGCGACUGUCGUGGGCGCGGGCGCUGUGUGGACGGCCGCUGCGUGUGCAAUCCAGGCUUCACGGGCGAUGACUGCGGGAGUCGUUGGUGCCCCGGCGACUGCCGCGGCCAAGGCCGCUGUGAGGAUGGCAUGUGCAUGUGCGACACAGGCUACGAGGGCGAGGACUGUGGCACUCGCAGCUGCCCAGGAGGUUGCCGAGGCCGCGGCCAGUGCCUGGACGGGCGCUGUGUAUGCGACGAUGGCUACUCAGGCGAGGACUGCGGCAUGAGGCAGUGCCCGCGCGACUGCAGUCAGCAUGGCGUGUGCCAGGACGGUGUGUGCGCCUGUUGGGAGGGCUACGCGGGCGAGGACUGCGGCCUCCGUACCUGCCCCUCCAACUGCCAUGGGCGUGGCCGCUGUGAGGAGGGACACUGCGUGUGCGACUCAGGCUACACUGGCCCCUCCUGCGCCACCCGCACCUGCCUGGCGGACUGCCGAGGCCGUGGGCGCUGUGUGCAGGGAGUGUGUGUGUGCUACGCGGGCUAUAGCGGCAAGGACUGUGGGCAAGAAGAGCCCCCCGCCAGCGCCUGCCCUGGGGGGUGUGGGCCCCGGGAACUAUGCCGCUCAGGCCAGUGUGUAUGUGUUGAGGGCUACCGAGGCCCAGACUGUGCCAUCCAAACGUGCCCUGCGGACUGCCGUGGCCGUGGAGAAUGUCGUGACGGCAGCUGCGUCUGCCAAGACGGCUAUGCAGGGGAGGACUGUGGGGAAGAGGUGCCAGCCAUUGAAAGCAUGAGGAUGCACCUCCUGGAAGAGACAACAGUUCGGACAGAGUGGACCCAGGCUCCUGGCACUGUGGAUGCCUAUGAAAUUCAGUUCACCCCCACGACAGAGGGGGUGAGCCCCCCAUUCACAGCACGGGUGCCCAGCUCUGCCUCAGCCUAUGACCAGAGAGGAUUGGACCCUGGUCAGGAGUACCAGGUCACUAUCCGUGCCCUUCGAGGGACUAACUGGGGCCCUCCUGCCUCCAAAACCAUCACCACCAUGAUCGAUGGCCCCCAGGACCUCCGAGUGGUGGCCGUGACACCAACCACACUGGAGCUUGGCUGGUUGCACCCCCAGGCUGAGGUGGACAGGUUCGUGGUGUCCUAUGUCAGUGCUGGCAACCAAAGGGUGCGGCUGGAAGUGCCCUCGGAGGCAGAUGGGACCCUGCUCACCGAUCUGAUGCCAGGCGUGGAAUAUGUGGUGACUGUCACGGCGGAGCGGGGCGGGGCAGUAAGCUACCCGACUUCCAUCCGAGCUAACACAGGAUCGUCCCCCUCUGGCCUCUUGGGGACCACUGAUGAGCCUCCUCCCUCAGGCCCUUCAACGACUCAAGGGGCCCAGGCCCCCAUCCUGCAGCAACGACCCCAGGGGCUGGGAGAGUUGAGGGUGCUGGGCAGAGACAAGACAGGGCGCCUCCAAGUGGCCUGGACCGCCCAGCCUGACACCUUUGCCCACUUCCAUCUGCAACUGCGGGUGCCCAAGGGGCCAGGGGCACAUGAGGAACUACUGCCAGGGGAUGUCCGCCAGGCUCUGGUGCUCUCACCUCCUCCUGGAGCCCCCUAUGAGCUGUCACUUCGUGGGAUUCUCCAAGAGGGCGAGCCCUCCGCCCCUCUUGUCUACCAAGGCAUUAUGGACAGGGAUGGGGAGAAGCCUGGGAAGUCCAUGGCUCCAGCACGCCUGGGUGAGCUGACAGUGAUGGAUGGGACCUCCAACUCCCUGCUCCUGCACUGGACAGUCCCUGAGGGCGAGUUUGACUCCUUCGUGAUCCAGUACAAGGACAGGGAUGGACCCCAGGUGGUGCCUGUGGAGGGACCCCAGCGGUCAGCCCUCAUCACCAAUCUGGACCUUGGCCGCAAGUACAAAUUCAUCCUGUAUGGGCUUGUGGGCAAGAAGAAGCAUGGCCCCCUCGUGGCUGAAGCCAAGAUCUUGCCUCAGAGUGAUCCCAGCCCAGUACUUCCACCCCGCCUGGGAAAACUGUGGGUAACAGACCCCACCCCAGACUCACUGCAUCUCUCCUGGACUGUCUCUGAGGGCCAGUUUGACUCCUUCAUAGUCCAGUACAGGGACAAGGAUGGACGGCCCCAGGUGGUGCCUGUGGAGGGCCCCGAGCACUCAGUCACUGUCUUCCCCCUGGACCCUAACCACAAAUACAGAUUCAACCUGUUUGGAAUUGCCAACAAGAAGCGGCACGGCCCCCUCACUGCUGAUGGCACCACGGACCCCCAGGAGGUCGUGGACGAGCCCCCCAGCCCCAUAGAACCCAGCACGGAUGCUCCAGAGCCCCCUGAGGAGCCCCUCCUGGGGGAGCUGACAGUGACAGGAUCCUCCCCAGACUCGCUGAGCCUCUCCUGGACCGUCCCCCAGGGCCACUUUGACUCCUUCACUGUCCAGUACAAGGACAGGGAGGGGCGGCCCCAGGUGGUGCGUGUUGGGGGCGAGGAGAGUGAGGUCACCGUUGGAGGCCUAGAGCCGGGGCGCAAGUACAAGAUGCACCUGUACGGCCUGCACGGGGGGCAGCGCAUGGGCCCCAUGUCCACUGUGGGCGUGACGGCUCCACAACCAGAAGAGACUCCUCCAGCCACCGAGCCCCCACUGGAGCCACGCCUGGGGGAGCUGACAGUGACAGGUGUGACCCCCAACUCUGUGGGCCUCUCAUGGACAGUCCCUGAGGGCCAGUUUGACUCCUUCGUGGUCCAGUACAAGGACAGGGAUGGGCAGCCCCAGGUGGUGCCUGUGGCCCCAGACCAGCGCAAGGUCACUGUUCCUAGCCUGGAGCCCAGUAGGAAAUACAAGUUCCUGCUCUUUGGAAUCCAGGAUGGGAAGCGACGCAGCCCAGUCUCUGUGGAGGCAAAGACAGCUGCCCAAGGUGACACCGGCCCAGGGGCCCCACCCCGCCUUGGGAAGCUGUUGGUGACGGACCCCACCCAGGACUCACUGCGCCUCUCCUGGACAGUCCCUGAGGGCCACUUCAACUCCUUUGUGGUCCAGUUCAAGGACAGGGAUGGGCCACGGGUGGUGCCUGUGGAAGGCCACGAGCGUUCUGUCACCAUCACCCCUCUGGACACUGGCCGCAAGUACAGAUUCCUCCUCUAUGGCCUCCUGGGCAAGAAGCGCCACGGGCCCCUCACCGCCAAUGGCACCACAGAGUCCCAGGAUGAUGUGGAUGAUGCUGGAACAAAGCAUCCUCCAAAACCCCGUCUAGGAGAGGAACUGCAGGUGACCAGUGAGACACCAGACUCCGUGGGCCUCUUGUGGACCGUCCCCGAGGGCCAGUUUGAGUCCUUUGUGAUCCAGUAUAAGGACAGCGAUGGGCAGCCCCGGGUGGUGCCUGUGGACGGCAGCCUCAGGGAGGUCAGCAUCUCAGGCCUGGAGCCUGCCCACAGGUACAAGCUGCUGCUCUACGGACUGCAUGGAGGCAAGCGUGUGGGUCCCGUCUCCACCACUGCCAUGACUGCCCUCAGGGGAGAAACCGAAUCUGAGACUGAGGCCUCAAGCCCUCCAGUGCUGGAGCCCCACCUGGGGGAGGUGACUGUGAAGGAAGCCACCCUGCACACCCUACAUCUCUCCUGGACAGUGACUGGGGGAGAAUUCAACUCCUUUGAGGUCCAGUAUACAGACGAAGAUGGGCAACAGCAAGUAGUCAGGUUGGAGGGGAACCGGAACGACAUCACCCUCUCUGGCCUGGAACCAGACCGCAGAUACUUGGUGAACCUCUACGGUCUUCAUGGCCGGCAGCGUGUGGGUCCUGCCCACAUCGAGGUCCUGACAGUCCCAAGGGAGGAAGAGAAUGAACCUUCAGAGCUUCCCACCAUGACCCCCCAGUCUCCCACCAAGCCUUACCUGGGGGAGCUGGCAGUGACAGAUGCCACCCCCGACUCCCUGCGCCUCUCCUGGACUGUCCCCGAGGGCCAGUUUGACCACUUCCUGGUCCAGUACAAGAACGGGGACGGGCAGCCCAAGGCGGUGCGGGUGCAGGGGCACGAGGACAGGGUCACCAUCUCGGGCCUGGAGCCAGACCACAAGUACAAGAUGAACCUGUACGGCUUCCAUGGUGGCCAGCGGGUGGGCCCCGUCUCUGCCAUCGGGGUGACAGCUGCAGAGGAAGAGCCCCCCAGCCCCACAGAACCCAGCUCGGAGGCCCCAGAGCCCCCUGAGGAGCCCCUCCUUGGGGAGCUGACAGUGACAGGAUCCUCCCCAGACUCGCUGAGCCUCUCCUGGACCGUCCCCCAGGGCCACUUUGACUCCUUCACUGUCCAGUACAAGGACAGGGAGGGACGGCCCCAGGUGGUGCGUGUUGGGGGCGAGGAGAGUGAGGUCACCGUUGGAGGCCUGGAGCCGGGGCACAAGUACAAGAUGCACCUGUACGGCCUGCACGGCGGACAGCGCGUGGGCCCCGUGUCCACUGUGGGCUUGACCGCUCCUCAAGAGGAGCCCUCUGCCAACAUCCCUUUGAAGCCACACUUGGGAGAGCUGACUGUGAAGGGUGCUAUCCCUGACUCCUUGCGCCUCUCCUGGACUGUCCCCAUGGGCCAGUCUGACCACUUCCUGGUCCAGUACAAGAACGGGGACAGGCAGCUCAAGGCAGUGUGGGUUCCAGGGCACGAGGACGGGGUCACCAUCUCGGGCCUGGAGCCAGACCACAAAUACAAGAUGAACCUGUAUGGCUUCCAUGGUGGCCAGUGGGUGGGCCCCAUCUCCACAGUUGGUUUAACUGCUGCAGAGGAAGAGCCCCCCAGCCCCACAGAACCCAGCUCGGAGGCCCCAGAGCCCCCUGAGGAGCCCCUCCUUGGGGAGCUGACAGUGACAGGAUCCUCCCCAGACUCGCUGAGCCUCUCCUGGACCGUCCCCCAGGGCCACUUUGACUCCUUCACUGUCCAGUACAAGGACAGGGAGGGGCGACCCCAGGUGGUGCGUGUUGGGGGCGAGGAGAGUGAGGUCACCGUUGGAGGCCUGGAGCCGGGGCGCAAGUACAAGAUGCACCUGUACGGCCUGCACGGCGGACAGCGCGUGGGCCCCGUGUCCACUGUGGGCGUGACCACCACCAAGGAACUUCUGGACAAUAUCUCCAGCCCUACAGAAGUAAAAGACACCCACAGCCCGACAGAACCCAGCUCAGAGGCCCCUGAGUAUGCUGAGGAGCCCCUCUUGGGGGAGCUGACAGUGACAGGAUCCUCUGCAGACUCGCUGAGCCUCUCCUGGACUGUCCCCCAGGGCCACUUUGACUCCUUCACUGUCCAGUACAAGGACAGGGAGGGGCGGCCCCAGGUGGUGCGUGUCAGGGGUGAGGAGAGUGAGGUCACCGUUGGAGGCCUGGAGCCGGGGCGCAAGUACAAGAUGCACUUGUACGGCCUACACGGGGGGCAGCGUGUGGGCCCUGUGUCCACCAUCGGGGUGACAGCUCCAGACUACAAAGCCAUGACCACCCAAACCCCACCCACCACGACCCCUGAGCCUCCCACCAAGCCUCGCCUGGGGGAGCUGACAGUGACAGACACCACCCCCGACUCCCUGCGCCUCUCCUGGACCAUCCCUGAGGGCCAGUUUGACCACUUCCUGGUUCAGUACAAGAAUGGGGACGGGCAGCCCAAGGUGGUGCGGGUGCAGGGGCACGAGGACAGGGUCACCAUCUCGGGCCUGGAGCCAGACCACAAGUACAAGAUGAACCUGUACGGCUUCCAUGGUGGCCAGCGGGUGGGCCCCGUCUCUGCCAUCGGGGUGACAGCUGCAGAGGAAGAGCCCCCCAGCCCCACAGAGCCCCUCCUUGGGGAGCUGACAGUGACAGGAUCCUCCCCAGACUCGCUGAGCCUCUCCUGGACCGUCCCCCAGGGCCACUUUGACUCCUUCACUGUCCACUACAAGGACAGGGAGGGACGGCCCCAGGUGGUGCGUGUUGGGGGUGAGGAGAGUGAGGUCACCGUUGGAGGCCUGGAGCCGGGGCGCAAGUACAAGAUGCACCUGUACGGCCUGCACGGCAGACAGCGCGUGGGGCCCGUGUCCACUGUGGGCGUGACCGCUCCAGACUACAAAGCCAUGACCACCCAAACCCCACCCACCACGACCCCUGAGCCUCCCACCAAGCCUCGCCUGGGAGAGCUGGCAGUGACAGACGCCACCCCUGACUCACUGCGCCUCUCCUGGACCGUCCCCGAGAGCCAGUUUGACCACUUCCUGGUUCAGUACAAGAACGGGGACGGGCAGCCCAAGGCGGUGCUGGUGCAGGGGCACGAGGACAGGGUCACCAUCUCGGGCCUGGAGCCAGACCACAAGUACAAGAUGAACCUGUACGGCUUCCAUGGUGGCCAGCGGGUGGGCCCCAUCUCUGCCAUCGGGGUGACAGCUGCAGAGGAAGAGACCCCCAGCCCCACAGAACCCAGCUUGGAGGCCCCAGAGCCCCCAGAGGAGCCCCUCCUUGGGGAGCUGACAGUGACAGGAUCCUCCCCAGACUCACUGAGCUUCUCCUGGACCGUCCCCCAGGGCCACUUUGACUCCUUCACUGUCCAGUACAAGGACAGGGAGGGACGGCCCCAGGUGGUGCGUGUUGGGGGCGAGGAGAGUGAGGUCACGGUUGGAGGCCUGGAGCCGGGGCGCAAGUACAAGAUGCACCUGUACGGCCUGCACGGCGGACAGCGCGUGGGCCCCGUGUCCACUGUGGGCGUGACCGCCCCGCUGCCCACAGAGCCCCUCGUGGUGCCCCGCCUGGGGGAGCUGGCUGUAGCAGCCAUGACCUCAGACACAGCGCGCCUCUCAUGGACAGUGGCCCAGGGACCCUUCGACUCCUUCCUGGUACAGUACAAGGAUGCACAGGGACAGCCCCAGGCAGUGCCCAUUGGUGGAGACCUCCGUGAGGUCACUGUCUCGGGUCUGGACCCAGCCCACAAGUACAAGUUCCUACUCUUUGGACUCCGAGAUGGGAAACGGCUUGGCCCAGUGUCAACAGAAGCCAAGACCAACCCAGACAGGAAACAUUCUCCCCGCCUUGGGGAGCUGACAGUGAUGGAUGUGACCCCAGACUCUAUGCACCUUUCAUGGACAGUCCCUGAGGGCAAAUUCGACUCCUUCGUGGUCCAGUAUAAAGACAGGGUCGGGCAGCCCCAGGUGCUGCCAGUGGCCACAGACCAUCAUGAGAUCACCAUCACCCACCUGGAGCCCAAUAGGAAAUACAAGUUCCUGCUCUAUGGCCUGGCAGGCAGGAAGCGGCUGGGCCCUAUCUCUGCUGAUGGUACCACAGCUGCCCUGGAGAAGGAGCGGCAACCCCUGCCCCGCCUGGGGGCACUGACAGUGACGGAUGAGACCCCAGACUCCCUGCGACUCUCAUGGACAGUGGCCCAGGGCCCCUUUGACUCCUUCGUGGUACUGUACAGGGACACAAAUGGGCAACCCCAGGCAGUGUCUGUGGCUGAAGACCAGCGGGAGGUCACCAUAGAGGGCCUGGAGCCUGGCAGGAAGUACAAGUUUCUGCUCUAUGGGCUCCUCAGAGAACAGCGCCUGGGCCCCAUCUCCGUCCUGGGAGUGACAGCCCCAGAGGAGGACACAGCAGCCUCCUCCUGGCGCCCUGCCACAGAGGCCCCUGAGCCCCCUGAAGAGCCCCGCCUACGGGCACUGACAGUGAGCAGCGUGACCCCGGACUCCCUGCACCUCUCAUGGACUGUGGCUCAGGGCCCAUUUGACUCCUUCGUGGUCCAGUAUCAAGACAUAGAUGGGCAGCCCCAGGCCUUGCUUGUGGGUGGCGACCAGAACAAGGUCCUCGUGUCAGGCCUGGAGCCCAGCACUUCCUACAGGUUCUUCCUGUAUGGCCUUCACAGAGGGAGCCACCUAGGGCCCGUCUCAGCUGAGGGCACCACAGGGCCAGCUCCUGCAGGUCAGACCCCAGAGGAGCCAGGGCCCCACCUGUCCCAGCUGUCAGUGACUGAUGUGACCACAAGUUCAAUGCGGCUCAACUGGGACGCCCCACCUGGGGCCUUUGACUCCUUCCUGCUCCGCUUUGGGGUCCCAUCAGCAAGCACUCUGGAGCCGCAUCCCAGUCCCCUGAUGCAGCGGGAGCUGACAGUGUCAGGGACCCAGCGCUCAGCUGUGCUCCGGGACCUGCGUCCCGGCACUCUGUACAGUCUUACAUUGUAUGGGCUGCGUGGGCCUCACAAGGCUGACGGCAUCCAGGGCACAGCUCGUACCCUCAGCCCAGUUCUGGAAAGCCCCAGUGACCUCCAGUUCAGCGAAAUCGGGGAAACCUCAGCCAAGGUCAGCUGGAUGCCCCCACCAUCCAGAGUGGACAGUUUCAAAGUUUCCUACCAGCUAGCAGAUGGAGGGGAGCCACAGAGCAUGCAGGUGGAUGGCCGAGUUCAGACCCAGAAACUCGAGGGGCUGAUCCCAGGUGCUCACUAUGAGGUGACUGUGGUUUCUGUCCGUGGCUUUGAGGAGAGUGAGCCUCUCACAGGCUUUCUCACCACAGUACCUGAUGGCCCCACCCAGCUCCGAGCACUGAACUUGACUGAGGAAUCUGCCCUGCUGCACUGGAAACCCCCCCAGGCCCCUGUGGACACAUAUGAUGUCCAGGUCACAGCCCCAGGGGCACCCCCUCUGCAGGCCUCAGCCCCCGGCAGUGCUGUGGACUAUGCCCUGAGCAACCUCGAGCUCCACACCAACUACACAGCAACUGUACGCGGUCUUCGGGGCCCCAACCUCACCUCCCCAGCCAGCAUCACCUUCACCACAGGGCUGGAGGCACCCCAAGACUUGGAGGCCAAGGAAGUGACCCCCCGCACAGCCCUGCUCACUUGGACUGAACCCCAAAUUCCACCGAGUGGCUACCUGCUCAGCUUUGACACCCCUGGUGGACAUACCCAGGAGAUUCUGCUCCCAGGAGGGGCCACCUCUCACCAGCUCCUGGGCCUCUUUCCCUCCACCUCCUACAGCGCAUGGCUCCGGGCCUUGUGGGGCGAGAGCCUCACGCCACCCGUGUCCACCUCUUUCACCACUGGUGGACUGCGGGUCCCCUUCCCCAGGGACUGUGGAGAGGAGAUGGAGAACGGGGCCAGGACCUCCAGGGUCACCACCAUCUUCUUCAAUGGCAACCGCGAGCGGCCUCUGAGCGUGUUUUGUGACAUGGAGACUGAUGGGGGCGGCUGGCUGGUCUUCCAGCGCCGCAUGGACGGGCAAACUGACUUCUGGAGGGACUGGGAGGACUAUGCCCAUGGUUUUGGGAACAUCUCCAGGGAGUUCUGGCUAGGCAACGAGGCCCUGCACAGCCUGACGAGAUCUGGUGACUACUCGCUGCGUGUGGACCUGCAGGCUGGGAAUGAGGCUGUAUUCGCCCAGUACGACUCCUUCAGAGUAGACUCGGCUGCUGAGAACUACCGCCUCCACCUGGAGGGCUACCAUGGCACUGCAGGGGACUCCAUGAGCUACCACAGCGGCAGUGUCUUUUCUGCCCGUGAUCGAGACCCCAACAAUUUGCUCAUCUCCUGUGCUGUUUCAUACCGCGGAGCCUGGUGGUACAGAAACUGCCACUAUGCCAACCUCAACGGGCUCUACGGGAGCACUGUGGACCACCAGGGAGUGAGCUGGUACUACUGGAAGGGCUUCGAGUUCUCCGUGCCCUUCACGGAAAUGAAGCUGAGACCAAGAGGCUACCGGCCCCCGGCCCAGGGAGGUUGAGCGCCUGCUCCCCUCUCCCGCGCCCCAGUACAACUGCCGAGCACUGAGGGGUCGCGCUGAGAGAAGGGCCAGGGGCCACCUUCACCACCCAGCCGCCUGAGGGAGCCUUCUCCACCAACGAUCUCACAGCAUCAUGUUUACAGGGGGGAGGGAAGGGCUUUGCCCGGGAGCAAUAAAAGGAGAAACUGAGACCCGGGA